GGCAGCGUUACAGGAUCAAUGGCAGUUUAGGAUAGUUAAGUUUCGGUUUCCGAUCAUCAGAAAUGAUACCGAACUUUCCCCCUCCCUUGAGCCUAACAGUCAGCCUUCUCAUCAGCUCUUCUAUUCUUUAGAAAUGGAGGGAAACACAGGAAGAGCGUUACUGAAAAUGAUGGAGUCAGAAAUAUUGAAGUUUAUCUGCGCCAAUCAAGGAGCAGUUCACACUGACGAUUUGGUGUUUAAUAUCUGCUUUGGCGAUUCCACGAAUGUGACGGAGAUAAUUUGUAACCGAGAGAAAUUUGCUUUGUGUUGUCCCAGUGGGCAGCCUAAGGUGGUGGCCAGGACCAAACUGAGACUGUGUCGAACCAAAGAUUGCCGGGGAAUAUGCAGAGGGCUACACCUAUGUAAAAACUUCCUCUUCAGCGGAUCCUGCCCGUUCAGUCGGUUGAGGAGAGGAUGCAGCUUCUCCCAUGAGAUGAACUCUGACCACAAUGAAGGGAUACUGAGAGAGCAUGAACUAGAGAGUCUGAGCAGGACAGAGCUGUGCACACUGCUGCUGCAGAGCGACAACAUGCUCCUUCCUCCUAUAUGUCAUGAUUACAACAACGGUGACGGGGAGUUCGGCCGGUGUCAGGAUGGAGAUGGCUGUAAGAGGCUGCACAUCUGUGAGAGGUACCUGAAUGGUGACUGCAGCUGCUCCAGGACUCAUGAUUUUAAUGCUCCACAGCCAUUGAAAAGCCUGCAGGAUAAAGGCAUACCUGACAACCUCAUUCGCUCCUUUAAGUCUGUUUACAUAAAUAAAGAAGCUUUAAGGCUCUUUGGCAACAGGGGUGAUAGGGGCAACAAGGGCAACCGUCAACAGCAGCAACUAAACACUUCUACCAGCGCCUCUGCUGAUGCCAACUUCACUAAUGUGAGCAGCGACAGUGGUCUGAAUUUAACCCAAACAAAGUGGUACAGAGGGAGAGGAGGUCACAGGGGCAUCAGAGGAAACAGGGGCAUCAGAGGAAACAGGGGCAUCAGAGGAAACAGGGGCAACAGAGGAAACAGGGGCAACAGAGGAAACAGAGGAAACCAGGGCAACCUUCAACAGCAGCAACGAACCUGUUCCACUAGUGACAUCCUUGCCGACAUUGAUGCCUUAGAUCUUUACAGCGUUGAUGGACUAAGCAAAGGCAACGGUCACCAGCAACAACUAAACUCUUCCAUCAGGGACAGCUCUGCUGCUGCCAACAACACUGAUGCGAGCAGCGACAAUUGUCAGAACAGAAAACAAAUGCAGAAGCUAAACCAAACCUCAGCAGCUGCUGGAGGGAGAGGUGGUAACCGAGGCAAAGGGGGCAACCAUCAACAGCUCCAAAAAACCUGUUCCACUAAUGACAUACUUUCUGUUGUUAAUGACAAAAACACAAACAGUGAUGAUGAACCAAGCAAAAGACAAAGGCCUGUUAAAGAUAAAACUGAGAUAUGCAUGUAUUUCAUCAAAGGACAUUGUAAACAUGAGGAUAAGUGUUUUAAAGCUCAUGACAAGAUGCCAUACAGGUGGGAAGUCAAAGAGGGUGAUCAGUGGAUGACCUUGCCUGAUAAUGAGAUUAUUGAGAAGGACUACUGUGACCCCAAAAAUAUUAACAGUAGCAGCACUCCACCUGUGCAUUUUGACACGAUGACCUGUGGACUGAACAAAGUACGACGACUCUCUACCAUUAACUCUCUGGUUGAGCCAAACUUCAUCCACACGACUGAAUGGGUUUGGUACUGGGAGGAUGAGUUUGGAAAGUGGAACAUGUACGCUUCAGCUACUGGUGGACUCAGACCAGCAGACAUCAACAGCGCUAAACUGGAGCAGAAGUUUCUGGACAAUGACAAAGAUGUGUUGGAGUUUAACGCUGGUUCACAGUCAUAUUCUCUCAGUUUCCAGGACAUGAUACAAACAAACAAGCAUUACGGCACUAAGCUUGUGAGAAGACGACCCCAGUUUUUCUCUGCAGCGGAUGUCCAAGCAAAGAGAGUGAGAAAACCUCUGGGUCAUCCAAAUUUUUACACUAUACCAGACCACUGGGAUAAGACACUGAUUCCUGCAACUGGAUACAGGCGAGUCUCCCUCCAGCACACCUCAGAUGAAUUUAAGGAGAUUGAAGCUCUUUUCUGUAAAACCAUGAGAGGCUUUGAUGUUGUCAAAAUCGAGAGGAUUCAGAACAAAGCUCUUUGGGAAGUCUUUCAGUGGCAGAAGAAUCAGAUGAAGAACAACAAUUUUGGGUGCAAUGUGACUGAAAAAAAGCUUUUUCAUGGCACUGACUCUAAACACGUAGAUGCCAUCUGCCUCACCAACUUUGACUGGAGAAUCUGUGGAACUCAUGGAACUGCUUUUGGCAAAGGUAGUUACUUUGCCCGGGAUGCCAAAUACUCCCACAGCUACACUGGUGACUCUGCUGUCAAAUCCAUGUUCAUCUCACGGGUGCUGGUGGGAGACUUCACCAGAGGGUCCUCUGACUACCGCCGACCUCCGUCCAAGGACGGCGGGGACAUAAACCUCUAUGACAGCUGUGUAGAUGAUGUUAUUAACCCUUCUAUCUAUGUUGUAUUUGAGAAGCACCAGAUCUACCCUGAGUACCUGCUGCAGUACAAGACCUUGCACCCACUCGUUGACUUACACGGUUCUACAACUGUACCGAGCCCAGCUAUGAAACCCAGCAGAGUAACUGCCCAACCUAGCGCAUCAGUUCAGCAACGCACACCAGUGUCACACCAACCCAGCCUAUCAGUUUUUCAGCGCAGCACAGCUGUAUACCAACCCAGCACAUCAGUUUAUCAACACAGCACACCCUCAUACCAACCCAGCACACCCUCAUACCAACCCACCACAUCAGUUCAACGUAGCACAGGCCCUUACAAACCCAGCACAUUGCAUUGCCAACCCAGCACAGGCGCUUACAAGUACCAAACCAAAAGAACAGAUAACCAACCCACACACUCUUCUCCACCUUCAUCACCAAUCCCAAGAGCAAAGAAAACAUCUGAUUCCUGUGUCAUUGCUUAGGUGCAAAGGUUAGGUGAGGCCAGGGAGUGUUUUUUGAAUGGAUAAUGUCUUCAGUAAUAGAAAUUACUUUUGUUUGAUAUUUGAAGGAACUUGAUAGAGCUCACGCAAAAUAGUUUGUGGAUAAUUUGGUAAAUAAAUCAAAUAUAGUAAUAUCCGUUAAAGUUUGCAAUGAAGAGUAAGACUUCCAGCAUUUCCACUUACAUACAAGUGAAAUUAAUUUGUGAAAGCAGUUGGCUAAAUGUAUCUCAAACGUGAAUGCAGUUCGGAGAAAUUUACUCAGGAAAUUUUAUAUAUCACAAUACCAUUUAAAUACUCAUGUUGAAUAGUUGUAAUAAAGAAUAUAUAUAUAUAUAUAUAUAUAUAUUAUAUUUAGUCAUUUUUGCAUGAAUAGAACCAGUAAGGGUGACAAAAUCCUUUGUCAGUAUUCAAAAAUAAGAUGUAAAAUUAAUGGCUUCAUUCAUAACUAUUGAUUUUGUGCAUUGAAAAUAAAUUCAAUAUUCAUGUUAACUGCACACAGAAACACAGUUUUAUCUUCACGUUCACAUUAUAUGGCAGAUUUGGUUCAUGUUGCAGCCGCCUUUCUCUCUCUUGUCUUUCUCUGUAUGUCUUACAAGUGAACUGAAAAUGCUACCAGUCGUCGUGUUGAGCCUCUUAGUGAAAUGAGGCAGGGCAUGAAAAAUGAUCAAUAUGGCUGCCGGUGGUUUCUGUGACAUUAGUCAUUAAGGCCUGCAAAUCUGUGAAAAAAAUCACUGAAAUAAACCAGUUUGGUUUGGACCAAAGAAAAUUUGAGAGGUAAAGCUUCACCAGUCAACAGUUUUAUAUUCAGUGGAUCAAACACUGCAUGUACUCAGGUGUAGCGACAAACCAACAGAGAAUUAUCACCCGACCGCAGUGACCCCUCAGCUUCAAGUGUUUAAGCCUCUUGCAGCUUGUUGUUUUGGUUUUAAAUAUACUGUCUUUUGUUUUUUGGGCGCACAACAUCAAAUCUUUCAGGAUCUUUGGGGCUCCAUAGUUUCAUUCAACAAGCUGCAAUAAAACUGUCUGUAUGCUAACUGAAAAAUAUCAAACGUAAGACGGACAAAGUUAGUGACUUCGUGGUGAACAUAGUGAAGCAUUUAACAGCUGAAGAGGCAGAUUUUUUUCCUAGGAGCUGGUGGAGACCAAAAACAGAUAAAUUUUUAGGUUGCCAAAAGCUUGAAAUUGAAUGCUAAUGUUGCUCUCUGUCAGCUGGAUGUGGCCAUACAGUCUGUUAAAUAAGCAAUUUUUAACUUACAUGUUAGCCAUAUCAAUAUUAUAAGGGGAUAUGUCCAUUUUACAGCUUCUUGUGCUGCCCCAAGUGGCCAAACAAAAUCAAUUCAUGCUGCAUUAAGGAGCUGGUUCUAUGAAAAUACUUUAUAACAUUUUGGUCAGAUGCACUUGGGAAUGGAGGACUGCAUGUGUCACUGAAAUAGUAAAGCAUUACAUUAAUUGAUAACUAAUUGUAUGAUAAAAAUAUGCAUUCAUAAAUUUGUUUAAAAAUUAGUUUAUUAAUCUAUGAAUAAAUAGACUAAAUUUCAAUGUAAUUAAUUAUUUGAUAUUUUAAUGGUCAAGAAAGAGGAUUUAGAAAAAAUAAAUAAAUGAAUGAAUUCAUAAAUAAUGUCAUUUAAAAAUUCAUUUGAAAUUGCAGUUUGAAUAGAGAAAUAACUGGAUAAGUUGAAUUAAGAAUACAGAUUUUCAUCAGGCAUUUAAAGGGGCAAUUCCCUUUCCCAUUUGCACUUCCAUUUCCCCGCUGCUUUUCCUUUUCCUAUUAGGUAUUCAAUUUGCCUAGCCAUUUAGCUUCUCCUUUUAGCCACUCCAUUUAGCCUUUCCAUGAUGCUUUGAGCCUUGCGCUAGUAAACAAGGUAAAACAAUGCAAAUUAACCACUGGAUGUAACAAGCUCACAUUCAUCUACAGUAUUAAAAGUGGUAACUGUUUUAAUGUUGUGGCUGAUCACUGUAUAGAGGUUUUUCUGUGCAGACAAGAUAAACAGCUUUGACUCUACAGAUUACAAAGAGACUAUUCCCAGGGUGAAAGUGGAUUUGGCUGUCAUUACCACUGCAUCCAUUUCUCCAUCACCAGUGCUUUAGUAUACGUUUGCUGGAACUGUCCUAUAGUAAAUGCAGCUGUGCCCUGCAGGAUGCAAUAGCCCACCCAGUGACACUAAAUAUGUACUGACACUAAACAGCCUAAGUAGUCAAUUCCUGUCUGAUGUGCGCCAGUGGUGGUUGCUGUUUCUAGCCCUGGCAGACAGAGCAGAUCGUCCAGAGCUGGCUACGAGGAGCUUCCAGGCCUCAGCGUAUCGGAAAAUCUGGUUUUCCUACAUUGCAAAAGCUUAUGAAUUAAAAAUGACCCCUUCCCCUUUGUGUGCAUCCCUCCCAGUGUUUGAGAUGUUUAUAUUUCUGCUGAAUCAUGGUGGUUAUUUCCAGUUGAUGGAAGAAUGCUAUGGCGGCAAAACCCCAGGGUGAGUAGAAGUGAGUCAGAUCUUUAUUUGGCUGAUAGCAAGUUUUUACUGAGUUUCUGAAAUAUUUGUGGUGAAUUUAACAGCUGCAGUCAGCAGAUCUACUGUAUGUGCAGCCUCUAGAUCAAUAAAGCACCUAUUGAUCAGCUCAUUAUUAAAUGUCUAUGGUAACAGUUGUAUUUUUUGCUAAUUCUGUCUCUUGUUUGUCACUACAUUUGUACGUAUUUAAAGGUGCUUCAUUCAGCAUGUCAAACCCAAUCGCUACACUUAUAAUACACAAAGCAACAUGAGUUAAAUUUGCUGGAUUGUUUUAUGUCACAAAAUUGACGGAAGCUUGUUCAACUGGGGGAAACACCCAAAGCUUUCAGAGUUCCUGGCGGUCAAACAGUGCAUACUUCCAGACAUACUUUCUGGAACAAACUGUUGGAUGGAUUGACAGAAAAUUUUGUAAAGAUAUUCUUAUGCCUCUCAAGGUCCCCUGACAACUACUGGAUGGAUUGCCAUGAAAUUUGGUACACCAAUUCAUGUCCCCCUCAGGAUGAAUUGUAAUAACUUUGUUGAUCCCUUAACUUGUCAACUAAGCUCUCUGCUCUUUGCGUUUAGUCCUACUUACCAAAUGUUAGUAUGCUAAAAACUAAAAUUAAGAGGGUAAACAUGGUAAAAAUACUCGCUUAAAAUCAACGUGUUUGCAUUGUGAUUGUGAUCAUGUUACCAAGCUGACAUUAGCAAUUACCUUAAAGCAUGCUGUGCCUAAAUACAGCCACACAGAGUGGUUAGCAUGGUUUAGACUCUUGGUGUAUGUGUGAAAUCAGUCCCUAUUUACAAUAAAAUGCACUACAUUUACCAUCCUGCAUGUAAAUGUCUGGAUUUAAGUUUGAAAUUUAUGCAUUAAAUACUGCCCUCACAAACAUUUCCCAGAAUAUUAGGUAAAAAUAAGUCACCACAUUCUGCUAACAAUCCUACAAUACAAUGCAUUGCAUUUUAUUGACUCCGCAUCUGUCGGUGAUGAUGCAAAAUGAUGAUGAUUGAUAAGUUGCCAAAACUGCUCAUUACAUGGUAAACUACUGAGUGUCUAUUAUACUGUAUAGGGAGAAGUGAAUGAGGGAAUGAGCGGGUGAUUUUGGACACAGAAAUAUUAUUUUUAUUGUUAUUUUUAUUGCAUACUCAUUGUAAUGCAGUGUGCUAUUUAAAUGAUACUGUCUUGCCUUGAGUUCAGGGAUGAAGGACAAAACGCAACUGGGACAAUGGGAAAUGUGGUCUUAUUGUAAUGUGGACAAACGUAUAACAAAAUGCUGCUGUGAGAUAGAGAUGACAAUCUUCUGAGGCUUUACCCUCAUCUAACUUUCUAUUUUUGUGCAGCUGCUGUAUGUGGAUGUGUCCUGCUGUGAUUGGAUGACAAUAGUUGUAUUGCACUUUGGGGUGCAGCCUGUCUCUCUGGUCUUGACACAUUCUCUAUCCCUCUCUUUUUUUACACAGACAGAUGCAACAGCUUUUUCACUGAUGCAAGUGGGAGCAGGGGGAAUAAAUGCAUUCACAGCACAGAGUUGGUUAUGUCAGGAAUUCUCAGUGACACCAUUAAAGGACCAAAAGAAGGAUUGACGCUGAAAUGAAACAGCUAAAAUAUAAAUGCAAAAGUUGAUUUGGCCUUGGAUUUAAAUGUUUUUCUCUAAAUAUCUGACUCAAAGGAUUAUACAACUGUUUAACAUUAAAUUUGGAAUUAAUUAGUCGCUGUUGCAGUAACCGUAAAUUAAAUUGAAUUAGCUCCAACACAAUACCAGGACACGUACAUUCAUUCACACAGUUAUCCAUGAAUUAACUGAAAGAUUUCUUACUUUAGCUUUGUGUUUAUGAUCCUUUUGUCUGGGGUAAUUAAAGGAGAGUGCAUUAAGUGUUGUAAUUACACUCCGAAUGUUUGUACUAUUAUGCAGAUAUUGUGAAAUAUGAUCAGUCAGAUAAAAAAUUGACUUCUAAAAUGAAAGAUAUGAUCAAAUACACUCACUCAACAAAUCAAACCUACUCAACAAACAGACCAGAGCUGUUCAGUGGCAUCAUGGCUGUAAACUGUGGGUUAAAAAAGAUUAACAAUGUUGUUAUUACACUCUCUUACAUCAGUGACAGCUGUGGGUCAACAUGUUCUCCUUCUGGCCCUUAGUGCCAUCAAAUAUUUAUAUCUGCUGAUACCAGCCUGGCAGGUAUCUCAAUCAUUUCACUUUCCAUUGAUGUUUUGUACAUUAAUUAUUUUUGAUAAAAUGGUAGUAAUUGGUCAAGUUGGAAGGCAAGAACUAAGAGAGAAACUAUAAGCCAUCCUUUCUUUAAAGCAAUAUUUAUUGGCUACUAGGGUGAAGCAGAAAAACCUCUAAAAGCAAUGUUGACAACUGUUACGGCAAUUGGUUUAGCAAACCGUUGCCUAUUUACACAUCCACCAGACAUGGAGCACCAUUGGCAUUCAUGCAGAGCCAUUUUUAUGUUCACCUGAUGAAAUUAAAUCGAUUAUUUACUCUUCUGUACCACCACAAGUCCCAAAAGAUUUUAAUAUUGCGUGCACAAAAAACACUACUAAAGACACUAAAGUCUACUAAAACCUACAAGUAAAACCAAAACAACAAGCUUAAAGAAGCUAAAACACUCAAAGCUGAGGGUCACUGCAGAGUUGAGCGAUAAUCCCCUGUUGAUUUGUCCCUACACCUAUCAGAGUACAUGUAGUGUUUGACCCACUGUUAAUAUAAAAAUGUUGACUAGUGCAGCUUUACCUCUCAAAUUUUCUUUGGUCUAAACCAAACCAGUUUAUUUCAGUGAUUUAUUUCUAUUAGGAUUGUUUACAUUUGGGCCAUUUUGAUUAUGUUUCCCUUUUAAAAAUGAUCAAUUGAUUUUCUUGGCAACUUUGAGGUAGGCUAUCAAUAUGUAAACGCAACAAUGACAUAUUAUUACAUUAUAAUAUUGAAGAAAGUAGCCUAUUUACAUAUUCAGUAAAGACAGAGGAAGGUAACAUUAAUCUGGAGCUAUGUAUGUAAUGUUGGCGCGUUUGUUGAUUUGGGAAGAGAGUCCAGGAGAUGAGUUAUUUCUCAGUUUAACAAUUUAUUACAAACCAGAGAAUCAAAUUGAACAUGUACAUGGACCUUUUCUAUUCAGAAAACCACAGUCUGCAAGCAGUAAUCUGUAGUCAACUUCCUAGAAAAAAGGUGUCUGACUUUGCGCUACACAGGGUUUUCAUAAGGGAAUGUGCAUCUAUCUGAUUGGUCAAGAACGUUGGGGAGGCACCAUGGCUUAGGCUUAGCGAUCCCUUGGCUGGCGGAUAGGUUCGUCCCUCCUUUCUUCCACAGGCUUCCACCAGUCACGAGAGAGAGUGCCCUAAACAGGAAGAAAUCCUGCACUCCCUCACGUGUAGCUCAUUCUGAAUGUUUUGUUUUUGUCUUAUCCAUCUGAGAUGACCCAGUAUGGGUGUAGUGCAAAAUACUGUUUUACAUGAUGUUCUUUCUCUAUCUAUCUUUUUGCACAACAGAAAGAGUUCUUACAUUACUAAGCUUUUAUGUUAGUGGCAUGGUGUCCAUCAACUUUCCUCAUUAAGACAUCGCCUACGGAAUGGCCUGUUUUUAUAAG